UGCAAACGGAGAAACCGUUGGUCGCACGGAGUGGAGGAAUUCAAUGAGGGAGCGGUAUGCGGCGCCGUACUAUCACGUUCAUCGUCAAGACCUCCACCGUAUUUUGCAUGGUAGGGCGACCGGGUCCGGCGUCACGUUGUCAACCAACAGCGCCGUGAGCGCCGUCACGCCUGCUUCCGCGUCCGUCGACGGCAAACCCAAAGUGGUUCUGGCGAACGGUGACACCAUCUCCGCUGACAUUGUCGUCGGCGCGGACGGGAUCCGUUCCCUUGUGCGGUCGUAUGUGACCGGGCAGUCAGACCGGGCAGUACCCACCGGCGACGCUGCGUACCGUGCCGUCAUUGACACGGACGCGAUGCGCCGCACGACCGAUCGGGAACUCAUCGACCUCAUCGACCGGCGAGAAACGACGGUUUGGAUGGGCCCGCAGAAGCACCUCGUAGGGUAUAAUGUGUCGGCACAACGCCGCUAUAACCUCGUCCUGAUCCAUCCAGAUCAAGGCUAUAGUGAAUCGUGGACCACUCCGGGCGACGUGAGGCGGCUGAGAGCAGAGUACCAGGGGUGGGAACCCAGAGUCCAGAAGCUCUUGGAGCUGAUCAAGGACGCUUGGGUCUGGCGACUGAACCUUCGAGAUCCCAUUCCAACAUGGGUGGACUCGGAUGCCCAUGUUACGCUCCUUGGUGAUGCGAGGGGACCCAUGCUACCGUACAUGGCCCAAGGCGGGGUAAUGGCGAUUGAAGACGCAGCCGUACUUGGCCGUCUGCUUUCCCAUGUUGCGCACGCCGAAGACAUUCCUCGUCUCUUGCGAGGGUAUCAACAAAUUCGUCAAGGCCGCGUCUCGAAGGUUCAGCUGGCGUCGAGCGCUAAUAGGACGUUGUUCCACAUUCCCGACGGCCCUGCCCAGGAGGCACGAGACGCGAAAAUGAGGGAGGCUUGGAAGGCAGCCACCAAGGCCGAGCAGGGCGCCCAACAGAAUGGGGGCAAGGCCGACCAUCAACAUCUAGAGCGAGACGCAGAACGAGGCCGUAUUGACGAGAUACUCAAGCACGAUGCGGACGCAGAAGCAGAUGGCUGGCUUGCGGCGAACGGAUUCGAUUAGCCCGAUGGCCGACCCAAGCAGGGAGCUUCUGGUGGCAACUGAGGUGGUAUAUCAGAGCUAGAAGGCGAUAAUUGUGAGCGAGGUCUGCUAGCUGAUUGACACUACGGCGCAUCGUGCUUCAAGCGUAUUGCCGUGCUAAUCUGCGUGCUCCUCUGACGAGGGCGGAAGCAAAGAUAGGUUUGACGCGCUCGAACGUGUCCCCGACAUCGCGC